UUAUCCGCGCCAUCUAUGCCGCGUCUCUACAAAAAAAACAGUGACGACGUCAUCACGCACACCCAACACCUAAAUUUAGGAAAAAAACGGAAAAAUAAUUGACAACGCAAGAGAUGUUUGUCCGUGCGCCACGGUUCGAUGCCGUCCGCAUGCUCCGGUUCCGCUGCUCCGGUGCCGCUGCUCCGUUGCCGCUGUGGCCAGUCCUAGCACGACCAAACUCGACCCGCUCCGCUUCGUACACGCUCUCGUUGCUGUCCUUCCCAGUCGGUUCCUCGCUUUCUCCCUCGUUGCACUUAGGGUUCUAG